GAAUAAUGUCUUCGGCACCAACAAAAAGAAUAUUGACUCAACUGACCCAUGUGCAAGAGAAAUAUACACAAAAAAAUCGCUUCAGUCGGGAUCGACUCGUAUGAGACAAAGAUUGGAAAAAUGUGAUCAAGCUGCUUCCGAUCUCCCACUAUAGUUCACUAGUUAGUGAACAGGAAAACUGUUGAGGAGCUUCACGGCGUGAAAUUCAUACUAUCAGCGUUUCAACGGCUUUGUAAAGGACCUACGAAACCUUCAGGUGGAUAACAAGCUUCUGGUGACGAGCAGACUCUAUGACCGUGCGGAAGGGAAACCGUUUGGGCAUCUCCAUCCAGGAGCACAUGGCCAUCAACGUCUGCCCGGGCCCCAUACGCCCCAUCCGUCAGAUCUCUGCCUACUUCCCUCGCCUCUCGCCCACUUCCUCCUUCUCGGAGCCGCUCUCGCCCAACCAGCUGACGGCGCCGGCUCCGCUGAGCCCCGGCAGCGCGGGCCAAGGUGGAGGAGGAGCAGCGGGAGGAGGAGACGGAGAAGGAGGAGGCGGGGCGAGCAGAUGCCUUUUGUCUCCACUGCUACCGGGAGCCGCAGGAGGAGGAGGGUCGCUGUCGGCCAUGAGCAGCAUGGACACCUCCAUCGAGAUCGACAGCUGCGACAGCGACGACAACACCUCCCUGGGGACGUUAGAGUUUGACCUUCUGUACGAGAAAGCCACCAGCUCCUUACACUGCACAGUCCUCAGAGCAAAGGGUUUGAAGCCGAUGGAUUUCAACGGUCUGGCCGAUCCCUACGUCAAGCUGCAUCUGCUGCCGGGAGCCUGCAAGGCGAAUAAACUGAAAACAAAGAUUGUUCGAAACACACUCAACCCCGUGUGGAACGAGACGCUCACCUACUGCGGCAUCACCGAGGAAGACAUGUAUCGCAAAACUCUCAGGGUGUCCGUUUGUGACGAAGACAAGCUGACACAUAACGAGUUCAUCGGGGAGUCGAGGGUGGCCCUGCGCCGCGUGAAGCCUGACCAGACCAAACACUUCAACAUCUGUCUGGAGCAUCCGCCUCCUCUGCCCUCGCCGACGGCGAUGAGCACGGCCCUGAGAGGAAUCUCCUGCUACCUCAGAGAGUGGGAGACGGAGCAGCAGAGGAGUCUGGAGGAAAGGGGCCGUUUGCUGCUUUGCCUCCAGUUCCUGCCCCCAAACGGUGACGGCGACUUGAAGGGCGAGGCCAAGGAGAGAGCUCGGGGUGGGCUCUGCGUGGGCGUCAAGCGCUGCGCCCACCUGGCAGCCAUGGACGUCAACGGCUUCUCCGACCCCUACGUCAAAACGUACCUGAAGCCAGAUGUCCAGAAGAAAUCCAAACACAAAACAGCCGUCAUAAAAAAGACUCUCAACCCAGAGUUUAAUGAGGAGUUCUUCUAUGAGAUCUCCUUCACAGAGUUAGCUUCUAAGACACUAGAGGUCACAGUUUGGGACUACGACCUGGGGAAGUCCAACGACUUCAUAGGGGGCGUCUCCUUCGGCUGCCACUCGCAGGGCGACGCUCUGCAGCACUGGAUCGACUGUCUGAAGAACAAGGGCCAGAAGGUGGAGCGCUGGCACACCCUGACCAACGAGCUGCCCGGCUCCACGGUGCAGGAGUGAAACCGAGACGAUUUGCCGCACGCGCUGAGCACGUCCUGCAUGACUGCCAUGGAUUCAUUUCCUGCUGACUGAAAGCAGCAGUAACCUAACAUUUGAGCUAGAUGGACUUAAUUUAAAGGUGACCUAUUAUGCUUCCUUCAUCAGGUGAGGACAGGUCUCUGGUCUACACAAAACUUGUUCAUCACAUUGUUUGCACAAAAUAAUGAGAUUUUUAAUGAGGUCUUUUAAGAAUGAGUUGUUUCAGGGCAUCCUGUCACUUUAAAUCCACGCCUGCCCCCCAACUUAACGUUUACACUCGCAAGUGAAAAUGGCUGCAAGCAGACG